ACGUGACUCACGUGACACAGAAGUUUUCUCUUCAAAAUUGAAUCGGGAUGAAGGCUUGCUCAAGAAGCUCGAAGCUACCAACAGACAGCUUCAGGUGAAAAUGGAAGGAAAUUAACAGAAAAACUUCAAAAUAGAAGGAAAAUGGGAGGAGCAGAGGCGUGCUUCGAUUGUCUCCGUCAACGAAUAAACUCUGAUUUUUCAUGCCAACUGCUCUUCUGUCAUGGCAUCUCUGAUUCUCCUCUCCCUUUCUCUUCCUCCGCAGUUGUUCAGAUGUCUAGUUAUAGCGGGGAGGCGUCUGCUUCAUCUGCUUCUCAGUUCGUUUUGGUGUAUCUGCAGAGACACGAGCAUGAUUGCUUGUCCAAAUAUAUAGAUGAAUGUAUUUUACAAGAUCAAGAACACGGGAAUAUAGGAGUUGAGGAUGCUACUCCUUUAUCUGAAGUAAAUGGUGGUGAAUAUGAGGUUGGUGUUGAGAUCCUUAGUGACUCAUCAAAUUAUUCGUGUAGUAAAUCUCAGUCUUCUUCAAAUGGUGGCAUAAAAGCAUCCCUAGGUGGAUUUGCAUAUGGAAGUUCUACUUGUAAGCAUUCAGAUAGGUUCUCUUGCUCCAGAAUAAUCACUGCUUUGGCCCCUAUUGCUCAUGUUGGCAUUUGCUUUUACUCUAUCUUUGAAGAACUUGCUUCCAACUUCCUCUCUGGGUGCCUGGAGGAUCAUAUACUCUGCUCACUAAAUCUCUUGAUUGAAGGAAAGGCUUCUGUGGGUGAUAGUGUAAAUUUUCUUCGUUUGGUUGGGAUACCAUCUUUUGAAGAGAACAGCAUCCCUGGCUGUUUGAGGCACCCGAACAUAGUUCCAUUGCUUGGUUUGCUAAAAUCAUCUGAUCAGAUUGCCUUGGUGCUCCCAAAAGCUCCAUAUACCUUGGAAAAUAUCCUACACUACAGUCCCCAGACUUUAAAGUCAGAGUGGCACAUAAGGUUUAUGAUGUAUCAGCUGCUGUCUGCCUUGGCUUACUUACACAGUUUGGGGUUUUCACAUGGCAAUAUACGUCCAUCCAGCAUAAUGUUGAGUAGCACAUGCUGGUCUUGGUUGCACAUUUAUGACAAACCUAAGCUAGGAUAUGGUUUUAGUUGCACAGAGGGUUGUUCUCUUCAAGGAGUUUAUGCUGAUCUAAGACUUUCAUCUUCCUUGGAUUGGCAUUCUCAUUUUCAUAGAUGGUGGAGUUGUGAGCUAAGUAAUUUCGAGUAUUUACUCUUUUUAAACAGACUAGCUGGGAGAAGGUGGGGAGACCAUACAUUUCACACAGUAAUGCCAUGGGUCAUAGAUUUUAGCAGGAAACCUGAUGAGGCAUCUGAUUUAGGUUGGCGGGAUCUAAGCAAGAGCAAAUGGCGUUUGGCAAAAGGUGAUGAGCAGUUGGACUUCACCUAUUCAACAUCUGAAAUUCCGCAUCACGUGUCAGAUGAAUGUCUUUCUGAAUUGGCUGUCUGCAGUUACAAAGCAAGGAGGCUGCCCUUGAGUGUCUUACGAAUGGCUGUUCGUUCUGUUUAUGAACCAAAUGAGUAUCCUUCUACCAUGCAAAGACUUUACCAAUGGACCCCUGAUGAGUGUAUCCCGGAGUUCUAUUGUGAUCCCCAGAUCUUUUACUCUCUUCAUUCUGGGAUGACUGAUUUGGCUGUACCGUCAUGGGCGAGUGAUCCUACUGAAUUCAUCAAAUUGCAUCGAGAUGCUCUGGAAAGCCACCGUGUCUCUUCCCAAAUCCAUCACUGGAUUGAUAUCACUUUUGGAUACAAAAUGUCAGGGCAGGCAGCUGUUGCUGCAAAGAAUGUUAUGCUUCCUUCAUCAGAUCCGACAAAGCCGAGGUCAUUUGGACGUCGUCAACUUUUUAUGCAACCACAUCCUGUGCGUCGUUGUGCCACCUGCAAGAAGGAUAAUGGUGAGAAUGUGUCAGCUCUGCAUCUUUUGCAAUGUAGUAGAGUUGAUAAUGACAAACCCAUUCUCCCGGUAACUACCUAUCUAGAAGAGUUGGAGGAGACAUCCACUUUUUCUGAGAAUGCUAGGCAUUUGAGCCCUUGCUAUUAUCGCCAGCAAGACAGCCAGGUGAAGCUCAUGUCUCCUGUUGAAGAGUCAGUAAAUGCGUGUCCUAAGGGAAGUAAUUUCGGUAAACUUGAUAUUUCCAGAAACUACGGGUUGCCAUGCAAAAUUGAUUUAAACUAUCUUCUUGAGAAUAUUGAAGUGGAGAAUGAAGGUUCUGUGGGUUACCAGGAAUUGUUAUUAUGGCAGCAGAAAUCUUCAUAUCUGAGGAAUUCCUCUGAGGAUGCUGCUGAGGAUAUAUUUUCUAUUGGUUGUGUCUUAGCAGAAAUUUAUUUAAGAAGGCCUCUUUUUGAUUCCAGCUCAUUAGCUAGAUACCUGGAAGGUGGUAUCUUGCCUGAGUUGAUGCAAGAACUUCCUUCUCACACUAAAGUGGUUGUUGAAGCAUGCCUAGAAAAAGACUGGCACAGGAGGCCGACAGCAAAAUGUCUUUUGGAAUCUCCAUAUUUCUCAGCAACAGUGAAAUCAUCUUACUUGUUUAUUGCGCCCCUUCAGCUUCUAGCCAAAGAUGCAUCACGCCUUCAUUAUGCAGCGAAUUUUGCGAAAGAAGGAGCCCUAAAAAAAAUUGGGAGCUUUGCAGCUGAAAUGUCUGCUCCGUACUGUUUACCCCUUAUAGUCAAACCUCUAUUUGGUGUUGAAGCAGAAUGGGCUUACAUACUGCUGAAGGAAUUCAUAAAAUGUUUGACACCCGAGGCAGUAAAGACCUUAGUCUUGCCUAUCAUUCAGAAGAUUCUACAGGCGACGGAUUAUUCUCACUUGAAAGUUUCGCUUCUUCAAGACUCAUUUGUGCGAGAAAUAUGGAAUCGGAUUGGCAAACAAGCAUAUAUUGAUGUGCUGGUUAGAAUUGGUGGUCUAUUGGGGGAAGUUUUUGUUGUCAGACAGAUGCUACCAUUGCUUAAACAUGUAGCUCGUUAUUGCAUUGACAUUUCAUGCAUGAAUAGCCCUGAGCCAGUCCAGAGCUGGAGUUGUCUAGCUGUAACUGAUUGUUUAAUGACAUUAGAUGGUCUAGUUGCCUUCUCGUCACAUGAGGUGAUUGUUAAGGAGCUGGUUGAAGAUCGAAGCUGCCUCCAUGUUCUGAUUCUUAUGCAGAAAAAUCUGGAAGUAUCAGUGCUUCAGGUUGCUGCUACUGCUCUCAUAGCAAUUUGUCAGCGGAUUGGACCAGAGUUGACAGCAUUGCAUGUUCUGCCACAACUUAAGGAGCUAUUUGAUGAGUUUGCUUUUUCUCAGGAAACUGCUACAGGGUCUAGUUUCCUUAACAGGAACCUGAAGGUUUCUAAACUGAAAGUUGAUGCAGAAUUUCAACUUGAAUGCCGCAUGGAUCUUGUGUUAAUUCUCUAUCCUUCUUUUGCAUCUCUUCUUGGGAUUGAGAAACUUCGCCAAGGUUGUUCAACAUGGUUGCUUCUUGAGCAGUUUCUUCUCCGGUGUUAUAAUUGGAAGUGGGAAUAUACAGGAGAAUCAUCUCGAAGUGGUGGAGAGAAUAUUGUUCCUAAGAGACUUGUAUUAAGCAAGGGUUUAGUAUCUGAGUACAGUCCUGCUAAGCUGUUGCUUAAUGGGGUUGGGUGGUCCAUUCCACAAUCACAGGGAGCUAGAGGUUCCAAAAACUUGAUGCCUCAAAGGCGCUUUCCUGAUCUUCAACAGAGUCGAGUUGAGAGAACUGAAGCAACUUCAAACCUUAUGAAUCGUGAACCCUGGUUUUGGUUUCCUAGUCCAGUUGCUAGCUGGGAUGGAGCUGAUUUCCCAGGGCGUAUAGGGGCUUUGAAAGAAGAAAUUCCAUGGAAAAUUAGAGCAUCCAUCAUAUCUUCUGUCCGUGCUCAUCAUGGAGUGCUCAGAUCUUUAGCAGUUUGCCAGGAUGAGUAUGCAGUUUUUACUGCAGGUAGUGGUCCAGGAUCCAAGGGAAGUGUUCAGAAGUGGGAAUUGAUGAAAAUAAGCUGUGUGUCUGGAUAUUAUGGUCAUGAAGAGGUUGUCAACGACAUAAGUCUCCUGUCUUCCAGUGGAAGAAUAGCAUCUUGUGAUGGAACUAUACAUGUUUGGAAUAGCCGAACCGGGAAAGUUAUCUCAGUAUUUGCUGAACCUUCUGUGGAUUCUGUGCAUCUUGUCUCAUCUGUAUCUAAAAUUAAUGCUGAUCAGAGCAAUAUACUCAACUCCAAUACCUUGUCGGGUGGCAUAUUGACCAGUGCCUUUGAUGGGAGCUUGUACACUUGUAUGCAUUAUUUAGAUUUUCUUAGCAUGCUUGUAGUUGGAACUGGGAAUGGUUCUCUCAGAUUCAUUGAUGUUGCCCAAGGUCGAAAACUUCAUUUUUGGAGGGGUGAAUGUAAUGAAUCUGCUUUUCCUUCUCUUGUCUCUUCCUUGUGCUCGUGUGGGUCUGACAAUAUGCAAAAAGACAGGACUUCAACUUCACCAUCUUGGGUUGCAAGUGGAUUAAGUUCUGGCCACUGUAAGUUGUUUGAUGUGAGGAGUGGAAAUGUUGUUUCCUCUUGGAGAGCUCAUGAUGGAUAUGUGACAAAGUUAGCUGCACUAGAGGACCAUUUGCUUGUUUCGAGCUCUCUCGAUCGGACUUUGCGAAUUUGGGACUUGAGGAGGAAUGGGCCACCACAACCCACUGUUUUCAAAGGUCACGUAGACGGUGUCUCUGGUUUUUCUUUGUGGAGGCAGGAUGUUAUUUCAAUUUCUGGAAAGAAGAUUGGACUAUUUUCAUUAUCCAAAUCCACUGAUGAGGAUGGACAACAUCGAGUUAUACCUCAGAAACUUUACAUGGCAGGAAAUGGAACGAGAAACAUGUCAGCACUGUCAAGUAUAAGUAUUUUACCAUUCUCCCGGUUGUUUCUUGUUGGAACAGAAGAUGGCUAUCUAAGAAUCUGCUGUUAAAUUUGGUCGGUUUCGUUGUUGUUGUUGUUGUUGUUCUUUUUUAAUGCUCGGGUAGGUUUCCUCAGUUUUAUUUUUAAAAGAUCAAUGUUGGGGAUUCCAACAACUUCAUUUCCACUAUGUAAAGUAGGGAUUUUCUUCUUCUUCUUCUUCUUCUUCCAGUAAUUGAUUGACAUUGAGAGUGAAUUUCUUUCUUAGCCUUAAUAUUAGAGACUGCUUGUUGAGACCA